AUGUCAACACCAAGCACCACUUCGCCACCACCACCACCUCGGAGACAUCAAACGACUGCCUUUUUAGUCCUUCCUCCUCCAACAAAUUCCUCAUCCUCCUCUCCAAAUAAUAACUCUUAUAAUAAUAACAAAUCUCCCAAUUCAUCAUCACCAUCCUCCACAAAAUCAUUAUCAACCAAAACCAUCGUAAUACCAACAACUACAACAACAACAUCCACUCUUCCACUCUCCACAUCACCACAACAACAAUUAAACCAAAAAUCAUCUCCAACAACAGGAACUUCACCUCCCACUCUACCCUCUCGCAUGGGUCGAGAACGAUCGGGUGGAAUGGUGAGCUCUCCUCCUCCUCCAUUGCCACCACGUACAAAUCUUCGAUCAAAAACAACGAUUGGAAAUACCACUACUACUUCAACGACAGCAAGUUCUUCUCCUCCUAUAGCCUGUACGAUGAUCCCCCAACAUGUCAUUUCUGCAACAAAUGUUGGAAUGAGUGUUGGAAUGAAUAUUGGAGGUGGAGUGAUUACGAAUGGUCAAGAUGGAAAUUUGUAUGUGAAAUCAACAGUGAAGAGUGAAAAUAAGCCAUCGGUCACCAUUGUUCAUCGAGUGCCACAACCGUCCAAAGCAAGUAGUAGUAGUGAUCCCAAUUUAACAGAGCUAAAGAAAGUAUCGAUUCAUUUAACAAGUGCCAAUCAUCCAUCGAAUACUACUACUAGUUCUUCUUCUUCUUCGGAUGGACCUUUGGAUUCAAAAACUUUAAAGAAUGGUGACUCGCCACAAACUCAUUCCAAUCCUUCAUCGAUGACAACCACAACAACCACAACGACAACACCACCACCUCCGCUGAAUAGCAAAUCCUCUCUUCCAAAAUUAAAUUUACAACAAGUGUCAAACUCUAUAGGAGGUCCAACUGUCUCACCCACAAACAACAAUUCUCAACAUUCACCACAAAAGAGAGAUACAGACGAGUCCAUGCACAACAGUUCUGAACAAGAAGAUGAUACUUUAUCUGUUCAUGACGAUGAAGGAGUUGCUGUUCCUUCCAAAUUACCACCUCCUCCUCCACCCAGAAAGAAAGUGAAAACAGAAGAAGAAAAAGAACUUGAAAGAAAAGAGCUUCGUUGGGAAGUGAUUGCUGAAAUUAUCAAAACUGAAGAGAAUUAUGUGGAGGGAUUAAAUCACUUGGAGAGAUUUUAUAUUAAACCUUUAAGAGCGUUGGGAAGUGACACACAACACAUUAAGCCAGUGAUUACACAAAAAGAUUUGAGUUAUAUUUUUGAUAAGAUGACCGUGAUUAAGAGUGUGAAUGAAGGAUUUUUAAAGCAAUUGAAAAUGUUGGACCUCAGUUUUGAAACUCAGGAUGAUCCAACUAAAUCGAUAGGAUUGUUUUUCAAAAGAACUUUACCCAUGUUCAAGGUCUAUACAGAUUAUGUAAAUAAUUACAAUAGUAUUGCCGCAAGAGUGAAAGACAUGAUGAAAGAAAAUCCAAGUUUUGACAGUUAUAUGAAUGAAAUGGAAAGAAAUGCGAGAAAACAAGGAAAAGUUGGGUUCUUCUCAUACAUGAUUCAACCCGUUCAACGUUUACCAAGAUAUACCCUUUUGGUUAAUGAAUUACUGAAACAUACGCCUGAAACGCAUCCAGAUUAUAAAAAUCUAUGCGACGCUUGUGAACUAUCCAAACAAGUUAGUUCUCAUGUCAAUAGUGCCAUGAACGUACUUCAAAAUCAAUUGAAAAUGACAGAAAUUAAUUCUUCGAUACUCAAAUUGGAUGAAAGUAUUGGAAGUACAUUCAUCAAACCAAGUAGAACAUUUGUGUUGGAAGGAGAAGAUUUCCUAGUAUCAGAGUAUGCACUUGGAAAGAAGGCCAAAAAAGCCAACAAAUGCACUGUUUAUCUCCUCAGUGAUUUGAUUUUAAUUACCAAGAAAGGAAAAUACUUAAAUCACGUCUAUUUGAAGAAUGAGCUCAAUUUGUCUACUUUCAAACAUCCUUGGCUUUUCUAUGAUUUAGAGAACAACAAACAAGAAUUUGAAAUAAUUUCAGAUGAAGCAACCUAUGUCAUUGUUUGUCCUACUGCCAUUGCAUGCAAUGAAUGGAUUGAAAAAAUCAAUCAAAAUACUUGUUGCAAUGCCGCUCCAGGAAAAGAAAUUAGAGCCAAUCGUUUAACACAUAGCAAGAUUAGAAAAGUGGCCAAUGAGGAGAAUAUGUACAUUAUUGAUUUUGAAAACAAUGAUUAUUGCAUGUGUUACUCUCCAAAAGAUAAAUGUACCAUUAAGAUAUCCAAGAAGGAUGUGACCAUUCGUGACGCAACAACAGAGGAUGAAACCACAUUUGGUGUCUCUUUGGAUGAGGACAGUAAUGACGAUAGAACCACUGUGUCAAGCGAAACCACUGAUUCUCAAAUAUUUGGUGAAAACAACAUUACUCAUUCGACCUCCAUAAGUGACUUCUCCAUGGACAUGUCAGAGGAAGAUCGAACCUUAAAAUCACCUCGCUCAGCAAGAGGUUUCAAUCCAUUACGAGGAUUACAAGAUCUUAAAGUAUUUAGUUCAAGACAAAAGUUAACCACCCUCAGUGCAGGAAAGCCCACUUUAAAUGGAGAAGACAAAGUUCAUGACAUUCACUCCAUUAUCAGCGCCUCUGUCGACACUCCAACCGAUCAUGAUUUUCAUAGCAGACGAUCUCUUCAAAGUGACACUCCAUUUCGAUCUGAUACAAUUGCUUCUUCUUCCUCACACAACCGACAAUCCCUAAUACCUCAUUCCAUAACACGAAUGACCGACGGUAGAACUCUCAAUCAUUCUCAUCCACAAUUGAGCCCACGAAAUUUAACAGAGGAUUAUGUGCCAACUCUUCCAAUCAUUAAGAAAAAUCCAGAUUUUCUUCAAACCAUUGAGGAACGUAAGAAAACUCUCAUUCGUAGAGAUCCUCCAGUUCCUUUAUCACCUGGUAACAAUAAUGGUGGCAGUAGCAGUGGUUUUGAAAAGUCAGCGACGAGUACAAGACCACCAUGGUUGGCUGAAUUGGAAGGUAAAAAGUUGAGUAAGGUCAUUCCGGGAGAACAAGAUUACGUAUAUUCCUCUCCAAAAACACCCGUACAAUAA